AGGACACUCCACGUGACGCUGCAAGCUGUACACUAACUUGUGCGUGGAAGCUAAUUCCGGAGGCCCGGUCUUUGAGAGGAGUUAUAAGGUCGAGGGUGCGGCGAAGACUAAAGUCGAUGUCGUUUCUAAGGUCAUUGGAGUCGUUCGCUCUGGUCGUAGGGAUAAUUGGGGGCUGAGCGCCGAAGGAUCCGACACUUCAGGACAGCCGCUGCUGACACAGGCACGAGCGUGGAUCGCGAAAAAGGUGAGGGCCCGCAUUGCAGAUGGAACGAUGUCGGAUGCAAAACCCGUGCCGGAUGCAAAGGCAGUCCCCGAUUCAAAGGCAGUUCCCGAUGCAAAGGCAGUCCCUAAUGCAAAGGCACCCUCGAGGAUGCUGGACGCGCAAUUCAUCACGUCCUACAAAAAUCUGACGUUUGACGAGACACGGCGACAAGUCUACCUGCGCCGCUACAGCGAGUACAGUCCUGUCUGGGAAACUUGGCAGACCUUCAAUCGAGCAGACUUUAUUAACCCGCUUGUCUUGGACACACAAGCCUGGUAUACAGAAAGUGCGGAUCGCGCGAUUACGCUCCGAAUGGAAAUGACACUGAAGCUGUGCGGUCUCGAAAUCAUCAAGCCUGUGCUCGUGGUUCCGGUGCUAAAGAAACAACACAGCCCUUACCUGCAUUGGGGAGUUGGCGACGUUACUCUCCAGAAGGAUCAAGAGAUUGCAGAAUCUGGUCAGGAUUACGCAUAUCGGGCCAAGUUCCGCUGGACUCGGGUGUUCAACAAUACUGUGCAACUUUCGCCGUUCCGAGCCCGUGGACUGACCGCCGAUGCUGACGGAGUGUUGGUAGGCGAUAUAGAUCUGAACACUCUAGCAAAUGCCGGAAUCGCCACUUGGGAACUAAUGAUCGUUCGGCUGCAGCUGGCCCCAGGGUAUCAAGGAAAGGCUUGUCUUGAGGAUGCAAGAAUGCUUGUUACUUUCCGUGACAAGAACGUCGCAGAGUCCGUUGAAGUGAAGAAGAAGCUCAAUUUCGAGUCUCAAGAUCUGGGUGUUGACAAGAACUCGAAUGGGAAAGUGGUUUUUUCCUGCGACCUACAAGGUGUAGAGACCGAGGAUGAGCCAUGGUUCGGACCACAGGCCGUUCCGCCCACCCCAGAUAUACCAGAUCCCCAGCCCGUGAAAGGACCGCUCUUGGAAGUGAAAAAAGAGCGAAAGAUACGUCCUCUUACACCCAACGGCUCUUUCUACGCGCAGCACACGAAGUGGAAGCUUUACAACGGCGUUGAGCCGUACACCGGCUACGCCUUUGACGUCGAGGGCAAGCCGAUUCCUUACUACUACGAAGAAUCUGCUGAAGGGAGGAUCACGGAUGGCCCUACGACGGUCGCCGAGAUGGAAGCCAAGGAUCUAGAAUUCGAUCGCCAGUCGCUCAAACAAGCAGCCAAGCGCCAGCGAGUCGCGCGUGAGAAAGCGGCAGCAGAAUUGGAUGAGCUUCUCGGCGAUUUAAGAGCGUCAAAGGACGCCACACCAGCUUCGAGCGCAACUUCAACGGCGAGAACGGGCACUCAACCGACGACAAUAAAACAGCCAGCGGUUCAAGGGUCCGCGGCAUCCAAGUCGGUAACGCCGACACCAGUGGCGACGAAGAGCUCAACGCCAGCUCCGCCCUCAGCGGGUUCAGGGGCUGCCAAUAUCGCUACUACCGCGAAGCAGCCAACGCCACCAUCGAGUCAGGCGCCAGCGAGCACGGCUCUGACAAAGCCAGCCGCAGUGAAGCCCGCAUCGUCAAUGCCGGGUUCGACGCCUUCCAAUACGACUUCGACUGCCCCGGCUUCGUCUGCCCCUGCUUCCCAACCAGUAGCGACAGCUCCAGCAGGGGCUAUUGGGGGUUCUGCAGCAAAGACCACCACACCUUCAAGCAAGGGAGGCAAGUAGACUUGAAUGGGAUGGAUGAUUACCUAGGUUCAUAUGGUAUGCUACACCAGCAACAGAUUGUUCGGUGACGACCUACUCGGACACGAUUCGCGGCCGUACUGUUAGCCUCCUAGGAAGACUGAUGGUUUUCGAUGUUCACUCGAUUCGCGACUAUAGUGUUGGCCUCUUACAAAUACUGAGUCGUACAUGUAGGUUUCACACCUAUUCUCAUUCUGCUGCAAAA